UACUCUCCUCGGUCAUCGACGCAACUUCAAAGCAUUGUUCAGACUUUACCAAAACUGAGUUUGUGUUUUCCCAUUGACCGAUAAGGUGGGACGGAGUAGCAGUGGUCGGCAUGUGAAAGAUCCUGCGGUUCUAAGUCGAGUCCAGAGCGAAAUCUAACUCAAGUGGAUGACUUUGUAGCUAGCGACUAAUAACCUCUGCCAGCUCAGCGUCUCCUCUCAUUUUUAAGCAGUCCUUCUGGUUUCAAGUCAUGGCUCGUGGCUGUGUUUGCUGUGUGAAAUAUAUGCUCUUUCUCUUCAACCUGCUCUUUUGGCUGGGUGGCUGUGGCUUGCUGGGUGUUGGAGUGUGGUUGUCUGUGUCCCAGGGCAGCUUCGCCACUCUCUCACCUUCGUUCCCCUCACUGUCUGCUGCCAACCUGAUCAUCACCUUAGGCACUGUGGUUAUGAUCACAGGCUUUCUUGGAUGUCUAGGAGCCAUUAAGGAAAAUAAAUGUCUGCUUCUCAGUUUUUUCAUUGUGCUUUUGAUCAUCCUUUUCGCCGAACUUGUCCUCCUCAUUUUGUUCUUCGCCCACACGGAUAAGGUCAGAGACAAUGCCAAGAAAGACCUAAAAGAAGGAUUGGUUCUCUAUAACACAGACAAUAAUGCUGGCUUGAGGGAUGCCUGGAAUGCCAUACAGGGAGAGUGGAGAUGUUGUGGCGUGAUGGGGCACACCGACUGGUACACUGCACUUCAAGUCAACCAAGUUCCUGAUCGUUGCUGCCAGCAUGUCUUCCCUGGCUGUGGUCACAAUUCUUCCAAUGCUUUUUGGACAAAGGGUUGCUAUGAGAAGGUGGAGGAGUGGUUAGAUGACAACAGGCAUCUUUUGGGAACCAUUGCAUUGUGUGUGUUGGUCAUCCAGCUCCUUGGAAUGGCGUUUUCAAUGACUCUAUACCAACAGAUUCACAGAGCAGGAAAGAAGUACGAAGCUUAGGUGGAGUUUUUGUUACUUAUUAUGGUUUAAUUGCAUAGUUAUAAAAGGUAUAUUGUAUUUCGUGCACUACAAAAUUUGUGUUGAGCUCACCUUUACUUCAUAAUAUAGCGUAUAUUUGUGUAAUGUUGUCAUUUGUUUGCCCAUCUGUUACAAAUUAGCUUUGCUGUAUAUUUUUUUGUAAUUGUUCUUUCAUGUUCUUGUUGCAACCUGUGGAUUUCAUAUAUGAACAUACCAUUAUUUUCAAUAAAAACAAAGCCCUGUAA